UAAUAAGAAGCCAGGUAACUACGUCACAAGCAAAAAUGUGCUGAAUAAUGAAUUGACCCAGUCCUUUUGCCGCGUUCGAAAGUUUGUGAAGAUGGUAGGCUAGUGCAGCAAGAUCAAAACAAACAAACGAUGUUAAUAAGCUGCUGGUUCGCUGCUGAAGCUUCCUAACAAAAUGGCUAAAACACAGUCUCGACCAAGUAGUGCAAUAAGUGUAGAAAACGAUCCCAUUUUACCACGUUAUGGCAGUGGUCGCUGGAGAAAGGGAAAUAAAAUGUCAGGAACACGUUAUAAAGUCUGUUUAUCAGGAAAAUUUGAUGUUGGAAAAACGUCAAUAUUCAUGCGUGUACAGGAUAUGGAAUUCUCUGAAGAAAAACCCACCUGUCAAACGUUAACAUAUGAAUUUAAAGACAAAGAUGAUGAAACUAUUGAGUAUUCUAUAUGGGACACAAAUGGUUUUGAAGAGCGUGAUACAUCAACAAUGGGUGACCACUACCGGAAUGCUCACUGCAUUAUAUUUGUAUACGAUACUUCAGAUUUUAGUUCUUUGGAAUAUUUAGAAUAUGAACUGGAAUCAAUCGAAAAGAACCAAUAUGCACCCAAUACAAAAUUUAUUUUAAUACAAAACAAAAUCGACAUUAAACCUACCAAAUUAAUACCAUAUGAACAGCAAAAAGAAUUCAUUUCCAAUUCUAAGUUACGAAAUAAAAUAGAUUUAUUUUGGCAGACUUCGGCAAAGACUAGUGAAGGCAUUAAAGAAUUAUUUGAUGGAGAGCUGCAAGAAUUAUUAACCAUCCCGGAUCGUGAAGAGAAACAACUAACAGCGUUUGAUAGGUUUAUAGCAGAAUCGACAGAAAAUGUAGCAAAGAUCAAAGGGAAAAAGAAGCGCAAACUAAAAUGUAAAACUAUGUAACGUUGUAUUUCCUUGUGUAUAUUUUUUGUAAAUUUUGUAUUUACACAAUUCUAUAAUGUCACUAACAACAUAGGGAGUGUUGACUUCUGUUCCACUUUUAUUUAACUUCCACUUUUACUUAAAAUUAUCCAAAGAUGAGAAACCAUGUUGAGCUUUUGUGGUAAAGUUAUUCAUUGUUUUCAGAAGGUUUGCCAGUGAUCUGACGAACCUAGAGAACCUUUGGAAUUUUUAUAACUGAGUCAAAAAGCAUCUAUUUUGCACUUACGCCGAAUCAGAUAUUUAGACACAGCAAAAUUGGUUAUAUACGUCACUACGAAAGAGCCUUGCAAGUUUUGCCUUUUAUUUAUGUUUAUUAUUUUGUUAAAUAUUAUAUUUUUAUUGUUUUGGGAAUCUCUUUUAGAUUUAUUUUUGCACUAUUCCUAUAAAAUAUUCUAAUAUAAUUUUGACUAAA